CUCUAAAGACCUGGAAUCCGGGCACCGCUCCCUCUGCCAGGGCCCCGUGGAAAGGAAGCUGUGCCCAGGACAGUGGGGAUCCUGUGAUGGCCGGCCCCGCCUCCCCGUGUUCCCGCCCUUUCCCACACGCCAGCCAGGGGAGGUGGAGAACUGGGGCCAGUAAGGAUAACCUUGGAGGCAGUGAAGAAGUUUCAGGCCAGACCUCUACCCGCCCGACCCCAGCUCAGCGACGAGCCCUCAGUGUGGGCUGGCCUGGCCCUGAGAGCCCUCGGAAACUCUACCUGACUGUCCAGCAAGCACUACAGGACAAGGUGCGUGCAUGCAAGAGUCAGGUGAAGAAGGAGGAGAAGCACCCGAAGAGGCUGGCACUGGCCCCCAAGCGGGACCGAGACUCGGCCCAGGCCCAGGAAACCUACAUCAUGAAUGUUGAGAAAACAGGUGGGAGGUUCUCCGGCAGUGGGAAGUGCUCAGGCAUACCAGCCCACCAUUUGCCCACGAUCCAGAAGAUGGUGGAGUCCAUGUCCCAGCUACAGGAAGAAAAGGGCCAGCUGCAGGAGCAGUUAAUGGCAUUGCAGAAAACGAUUGCCUUUCGGGAGAGUGAUGAGAAAGCUAUGUCCACUCAGCUGCAAGUUCAGGUGGAAAGUCUGAAGGAGAAACUCCUUGGCCAGAUCCAGGAACUGAAUCGACUCCGUUCAGAGCUGGGAGGCACCGACUUGGAGAAACACCGAGAUCUGCUAAUGGUGGAGAAUGAGCGCCUGAGACAGGACAUGAAGCGAUGUGAAUCCGAGCUCCAGGAGCUGAGGGCUAGGCCUUCCCCAUGCCCAGACUGUGAGCACAGUAAGGAGAGCGCCCAGCUUCGGGAGAAGCUGGCCCAGCUUCAGCUGGAGACGGAGGAGAACAAGGGCCGGCUGGCCGAGCUGGGCCUGGAGGUCCAGCAAAAGACCAACCGUCUCGCCGAGGUUGAGCUGCGCCUGAAGGACUCGCUAGCCGAGAAGGCCGAAGAGGAGGAGAGGCUGAGCAGGCGCCUUCGGGACAGCCAGGAGACCAUCGCCACCUUGAAGGCUCAGCCUCAGCCUGUUAAGUAUAUCAUCAAGACGGUGGAAGUGGACACAGCCAAGACCAAGCAGGCCCUGUGUGAAAGCCAAGCCCAGAACCAGUAUUUACAGGAACAGGUGGGGAUGCAGAGACAAGUGCUGAAGGAAAUGGAACAGCAACUUCGGAGUUCUCAGCAGACAACAACCCAGCUCAAGGCCCAGAUCAUGAUGUAUGAGUCGGAGCUGGAGCGGGCUCACGGGCAGAUGCUGGAGGAGAUGCAGACCAUGGAAGAGGACAAGAACCGGGCCAUCGAGGAAGCUUUUGCAAGGGCCCAAGUGGAAAUGAAGGCUGUGCAUGAAAAUCUGGUAUUCCAAGAAGUUCAGGCUUUGAUCACUUCGUGCAUCGAUGGCUUCAAUGUCUGCAUUUUUGCCUAUGGACAGACUGGUGCUGGCAAGACAUACACAAUGGAGGGAACGAUUGAGAACCCGGGGAUCAAUCAAAGAGCCCUACAGCUGCUCUUCUCCGAGGUGCAGGAGAAGGCAUCAGAUUGGGAGUACACCAUCACCGUCAGUGUGGCGGAGAUUUACAACGAAGCCCUCAGGGACUUACUGGGAAAGGAGCCACAGGAGAAACUAGAAAUUAAGCUCUGCCCCGAUGGCAGUGGCCAGCUGUAUGUCCCAGGGCUGACGGAGUUCAAAGUGCAAAGCCUGGAUGAUAUCAAUAAGGUAUUUGAAUUUGGCCACACCAACAGGACCACUGAAUAUACAAACCUCAAUGAGCACAGCUCUCGGUCCCAUGCCCUUGUCAUCAUCACCGUCCGAGGCACUGACUUUAGUACGGGGCUCCGGACCACUGGGAAGCUAAACCUAGUGGACCUGGCUGGGUCAGAACGUGUGGGCAAGUCUGGGGCUGAGGGAAGUCGGCUCCGCGAGGCCCAAUACAUCAACAAGUCUCUGUCAGCCCUGGGAGAUGUGAUCUCUGCCCUUCGAUCCCGCCAGGGCCACGUGCCAUUCCGUAACUCCAAACUCACCUACCUACUUCAGGACUCCCUCAGUGGGGACAGCAAAACCCUCAUGCUGGUGCAGGUCUCCCCCGUGGAAAAGAAUACCAGUGAGACUCUGUGUUCUCUGAAGUUUGCUGAGAGAGUGAGGUCCGUGGAGUUGGGUCCAGGGUCCCGGAGGGCUGAGUUGAUGUCAUGGUCAAGUCAGGAGCAUUUGGAGUUUGAGACAGGCUCAAUUCAGACUCCGUCUUCCACUCGAUUGUACUCCUCCUCUGGUUCUGGAGCUCCCAUCAGCCGUUCUAGCUCUAUCCGGAGGAAGCUGCAGACCUCAGGCAAAACGAAGCCGGUGCCAGUGUGAUACACCAGGCGGCAAUAUCUGGGUGUCCAGGGCCCUGGAAUCCAAGGGGACAAGGCUGGAGGAAGGACACUCCAUGCUACUUACUUUCUUCCUGUUUACCCAGAACCAAGGACCCUCGAUGAGCAAAGACUGUUCUUGGACCCUGGAAAAAAAAAGGGCUUCUCUCCUUUCUGCCCCAGAUACCCUGCUUCUCCCCAGCAGAUGUGAAAUUAGUUUUGAAGGAAAUGAAGCUUUUCCCCAGCCCAGACUUCAAGGAGCACAGAUCAUGUGUGUUGGGGGCCAGUGGCUUUGGCUCAUCCAUAGGCACAUCUCAGCCAGCAGGACUGGCUUCCUAGUCUUGCUGUGGGCUACAAGGAUUUUAGGUUGCACAGAGGCAACUUGGUCUUUGAGCCUAAAGUGGGCUCCUCUAGAGGGUUGGGUUAGUCGGGACGAUGGGAGCAGGUACCCGCCUUUCCGAUGGCUGGCAUACACACUCAGUGCUCUGACCCAGACUCGGCUGUGGACAGAGGUGGGACUCCCUCCCUAGAGACCUUGGAGCAGUACCUUGGAAGAACCUCAGCUUUGCCUCCCUGUACUCGUUCACGUGCCCACCUCUUGCCCCGAGUCCUGCUGACAGAUACCCUGUCUACAGAUGCGGGGGGCUCCAGCCCAGAACUGAACUCGUUUUGUGGGGUUGGUCCAGAUUUUGCCCUUUGCAGGUUUUUGGUUCAAAUGUCCCCUUCCUUAAAGCCAACACAGAUUUCUCCAUGAGGGAGAGCAUGACAGCAGGCGCUUCAGGGAAGGAGCGGAGAGACCUGGGCGUGCUCCAUGGUUUCUCCACACAGUCCCUUUCUGCAGUGACUCCUUACUCUAAGCCCAACAUUCCUCCCUUCCUUCCCACUCUUCACUUUCCAUCCAUCUACAAGCUGAUCCCGUUGUCUUGAAGGCCGUUACUCUGUGGGACCCAAGAGGCUGCGCUACCCUUUCGCCCUUAGCAUGCAGAGGAGGGAGAGGGUGGCCAGGAGCGUUUGGGCCAAGACCUCCAGAGCCAAUCUAAGGACUUCGGUGGGGCUAGCGAAGGUGCUCGGGGCCCUUCUCUCUCCUUGGCUUAACGUCCUCUCCACUCCUUUCUAUUUCCCAAGGGAAUGAUGCACUUUAUGAAAAAAUUCAACAGACGCCCCCAGCCAGUCGUCCGGGAGGGAAGAGGGAAGGGGAGGGAACUCUGAGCACAGGGUGGACAUGGGAAAACUGGCUUUCCAAAAAGCAGGCGGCCGGUGGGCAGGCAGGCAGCCAGGGGCAGUGUGCCCACCGCUGGAGGGAGGUCUGAGCCCCAAGCACUCGCCUGUGCAGAGAGCCCAGGGAGGGGGCUGCUUUACCCUCGGUCCCAAUCCCGAAACCCUGGCUCCCCUUUCUUUCUCCACCCUUCCCAGGUCCCUCUAAGGGUCCAUCUUUGGCAAACCCUAACACCCAAGGGGGAAAGGGGGGACCAGCUAAUGUCCCUUCAGAUCUCCCUGCCGGGUGGGAAGCUAAAGGGUGAAAAGUGAAUUUGUACAUACCUGUGUAUAGGUGUACAUAGACGCCGCUGGAGAGUUCGUCAAAUCGGUGGAGAGGCGGUUUAAGUUUUUCUUCUCCCAGGGGCCCCUCGGGCUGUUGCUGGACCAGUAUUUCUCUCUCCCAGGGGCUCAGUGCCUUCAGGCUCAUUUUUGUGAAGUUGGUUGUUUGUGAUGUGACCCUCUUGGAGGUAAGGAGGUCCUUGUGGGAAGUGGCUGGCAUCCGGACGGCGUGAGGCCAAGUCGCCCCGGACACCACGUCCACUUGUCUCGAGAUGCACUGAUUUUUUUUCCCACUGCAGCCUUUUUGAAGGAUUCUCUCAUAAUUCCUAGCCAAGAUCUUUUGGAAUAUGAGCUGUUUUUACUGAUUUUAAUAAAGAGCUCUUUUGCACAAA